AAUCAGUGCUCUGUCUGACAGGGAGGACAGUGCAUCGAAACUGUCUGCAGAAUAAAACGAUAUUGUUAGUGAAAAUCAUAAAGUAAUCAAAUAGUUUUCGUGAAAGUUAUUAUAAAAGUAAUAAUUUAACAUUUUAACAGUGUGUUCAUAAUAUAAUAACUGUCACAAAAUGGCACAAAUCGAUAUUGACAAACCGUUAUGGGACCUGAAGACUUUUGCCGGCCGGUUUAUGCAUUUUUUAUGGGUGACGGAUGCCAGAACAUGUUUCACUCCAGAAGAAGAACUGCAUAAAGCCAAGGAAUUGGUUUUGAAAGUACGACAGGAUAAACUGCUACCACCAAACGUAUCUAUAGAAGAGAUUCAUCACGCUAAAAAACUAUACGAAAGCGCAUUCCAUCCUGACAGCGGAGAAUUGCAGAACAUUUUCGGACGGAUGAGUUUCCAAAUGCCCGGAGGAAUGGCUAUCACUGGUGCCAUGCUGCAGUUCUAUAGAACUAAUACAGCUGUUAUCUUCUGGCAGUGGGUCAAUCAAUCUUUCAAUGCAUUAGUUAACUACACUAACCGAAAUGCUAAUUCGUCUUUAACCACUACACAACUAGGAGUAUCCUAUGUUACAGCAACGAGUUCGGCACUAGUCGCCGCCGUUGGGUACAAAGGUUAUCUGAUGAGAACGGCUAGUCCCUUUUUCCAGCGUUACGUUCCAUUUGUAGCUGUCGCCGUGGCAAAUUGCAUUAAUAUUCCGCUUAUGCGGCAGAAUGAGCUUAUUUAUGGCAUUGAUUUGCAGGAUGAAAAUGGUAACAACGUUGGAAAAAGUAGAGUGGCGGCAGCUAAAGGAAUCAGUCAGGUGAUAUUUUCUCGCAUUGCCAUGUGCGCGCCUGGAAUGCUGAUUCUUCCGAUCAUCAUGGAGAAACUGGAAACAUACAAAUCUUUCAAACGGCUUUCAUUCCUUCAUGCUCCAUUCCAAGUAAUGGUGGUUGGAUGCUUCCUAACUGCGAUGGUGCCCACGGCAUGUGCACUAUUUCCGCAAACUGCUUCUUUAAGUACAAGCACUAUGCGGUUACUUGAGCCGGAGUUCUAUAAAGAAAUGGAGAAAAAGGGUACUGUACCGGAAAAAGUGUAUUUCAACAAAGGAUUGUAAACAAAACAAUGCCCAGGGAACUUUGUAGUACUUACGUUUUAGCGCUUAUGUGAUGCUAAAUUUUGAAAUAAAUACUCCAUGAUUUGAUGAUGGCAGAACGCA